CCUACAUAAAGUGCGAGUUUUCAACAUUUUUGAACAGUUUCGUGAAAUUCGCGAUAAAAAAGCGGUGAUAAAAGCAUCAUUUGCAACUCCCACCUUCGUUCCCGUUGGAAGAUCCAUAAAAAAACUGGACUGAAUCCACGGCAAAGGAUUCUACCUUAUUCUUUUCCCUUUACCUUAAAAGGAUCCUUCUCACAAUCAUCUCCGGAGAGUUCAGAAAUCUGCUGGAAAUUCUUUGAGAGCACAAACAUUGUCGAACAAGAUCAGGUUGUCUCGGAAGGAUACUAUCGUCGGAAACUGUGGAUCGGCAACCGCUACCGCAGGAGUUGUGAGGAUCUUUUCAUUAUCAUCAUCACAGCAAAGUCUCCUGCAAUUUAAAUUACGAAUGGCUAUUGUAGUUUUCUACUAACGUAGUUUCAAGCUAUCUUCCAUCUUUAGCACUUUUCAUAAGCAAUUAGUAUCAUAACAGCUGCAACUUCUGCUUUGUCCUACUCAUAACUCACCGACCAGAUAACGUUGAUAGAAACAGGCUCUGCGGUAGGUCGCGUAUUUUGUUCACCUUAGUCGAUGUGUCUCCUCUCCUCGGUGAACGAGUGGUCACCACUUUCUCCCGUAAAGCGUCCUGGAAACGGCAAGAAAGAGAGGGGAUGAAUCAUUAAAAUAAAUUCCACUACUUACUGGAUUGAAAAAAGAGCCUUCCUUCGACCCCCCCCCCCCCACCCCACCCCACCCUAUCUGCAGGCUUGGACACCCCCGACCAACUGACCCUCCCAGAAUAGCUCACCGAUUAACAGAUGCGACCAGAGGUGCUGAUGCCAUCAAAGGAUAAGGCCAUCAAAGGAUAAGAAUGGUUCUAUCUUUAGAGCCUCUGCAGCACACACGAUAUACAAUUGUUAAUUUGAUUUUUUUAUGUGCCGUUCCACGUCUCUCUUUAAUGCGUCUCCAAUUUUCUUUAAUUUUCCACAAAACUAGUUUGGUGUGUGUGUUUAUAGAUUAUUUCCUGGACAAUUACCUUCCAGUUUGUCUGUCUUAGAUUGAUGAUUUGGACCUAAACAUCGGCAACAGCCAUUCAGCAUCCGAAGAAUUUAUCACAUCAUGGAGCCCAACAAUGAGAAAGUGUUAAAGUUCCAACCAAUAAGCUCAUUCAUUCAUAAUGAUUUUUGGCAUAAAUAUGUUGAUAUCAAAAUGGACAUCGAUCGGCUGGAUGAAAAUGGGCGGCCGAUUCAUGGAUUUCUUCAGCUUUCUCAAAGUUCUUCACCACUGCUUCAAGUUGAUUGCAGUUCAUUAAAUUCGAUCACGGCGCGUCGUGGAAACGAUUUUGUUUGUAAAGGCAUUCUUCUGAAUUACAAUACGAUCGAAUCCUUCAAGCAAAUGGAUAAGAAAAAAUUACUUAAAGAACAAUCUCAACGGAUCUACAAUGAACUGAUGAAUCAACAGUGUUUGGCCAAUAGUUUGGAUUUAUUGAAGUUCUUAUUGAUUUCAUUUUCGGAUUUAAAGGGAUAUAAAUUCUAUUUUUGGUUUUCCUUCCCGGUUCCUGCUAGUUCGAUCUAUACGUACCACCAUUUAUUACCACUACCAGCUUCUAUUAAUGAGGAUUUUAAACAAUAUUUUUUUAAAUGGAUUGAAACGUCACCGAAAAACUACCAUGGCCUAAAUGAAAUUUUUUUCAUCUAUAAACCCAAUGUCGGCAUUGGAUUGCUCCAAAACUAUAUUCGGCAUGCUGAACCAGGCACCAAUUUCCGUGACGAAAACCUUGAAAAUAUAUAUUUUUGCGUCUAUGAUCCACCGCACUGUGUAAACAACGACUUAUCAUCAUCCUUAGGCUGGCAUGUUAGACAGUUUUUGUUCUAUCUUACGUUAUCUUGUCCAAAUAUUGCAGAGAAAACCACCAGAUGGAUUAGAGUGUGUAAUGCCAACCCUGCAGAGUUUUCCUUUUUCGGGUCGAGCAUAACGCUACCAAAACAUACAUCAAAUCUAACAGACAUAGAUGAUUGGGUGGGCUGGGAAUACAACGAUACUGGACGACGUUAUGGUCCCCGUUUCGUGUCAUUAGUGGAGAAUAUGUCCCCAAAAUGCGUUGCUGAAAAUGCGAAUAAUUUAAAUCUAAGAUUAAUGAAAUGGAGACUUGUUCCUACCCUGGAUUUAAAAGCAAUUAAUACAACUCGUUGUUUGUUGCUGGGUGCUGGAACCCUGGGAUGCAAUGUCGCGAGAUCAUUAAUGGCAUGGGGAAUCAAUACAGUAACUUUCGUCGAUUGUGGACGAGUAUCGUUUUCAAACCCUGUUCGCCAAACAUUGUAUCGGUACGAAGAUGCUUUGAAUGGUGGCAAGCCGAAGGCUGCAACUGCGGCUGAUCGGCUUAGGGAGAUCAAUCCUGCUAUAAAAGCAUACGGUGAAAACUUACUUAUUCCAAUGCCUGGGCAUCCCGUAGAUAAUACGACAGGUAUUAACGAAGUAAAAGCAUUAUUGGAAAAAAUUUCAAAGCUAAUAGAGGAGCAUGAUGUAAUAUAUCUUUUGACGGAUUCGAGGGAAAGCCGUUGGUUACCAUCAAUGCUAGCUGCUUUUCAUGGAAAGCUCGCGAUCAAUGCAGCCCUCGGCUUUGAUUCAUACAUGGUAAUGCGGCAUGGGUAUCGGCCUUCGAAAUAUGAAACGAAGACUGAUUUAAAGGUCGAAGAAACAUCUAACGGGUUUUUACGUAUCGAUGGUGCCAAUUUAGGCUGCUAUUUUUGUAACGACGUUGUUGCACCUGGAAAUUCGCAGAAGGAUCGUACGCUAGAUCAGCAGUGUACUGUUACAAGGCCAGCUGUUUCAAGUAUCGCUGCUGGCUUAGCCGUAGAACUUAUGGUAUCUUUAGUACAACACCCUCAAGGAUUUGGUGCUCCAGCAUAUUAUCGCACACCACGAAGCGAUCCAGCUAAUAUUGGGCAAGAACCAGAGGGCAUGUUAGGCAUCCUUCCACAUUCUAUACGCGGAAAUAUUUCCUCCCAAUCAACGAUGAUUACUGCUACUGAGCGUUAUAAAAAAUGUGUUGCAUGUUCUUCGUUUGUUAUUGACCGCUACUCAAUGGAAAAAGAAGCAUUUAUUAUUGAAGUACUUAAUUCUGCUAAAACACUGGAAGUAACAGUAGGAUUGGAUUAUUCUAUUACCCCUAACCAUAGUGACGACAAACAGGUCGACAUAGAAUUUGACUGUGUUUUGUCUGAUUCGGAUUGAAAAUAAAAACUAUAACAAAAUUUUAUAACACAUUCUAAA